CGCGUCAUGAAUAUGUUUGCUCUCUCUUUAGUCGGGAAAUCCUGGAAGUUUCUAUUCCGAAAUAUUUAUGAGAUAUUUAUGUCGGAAAUUUCCUGUUAUAUUUCUUUGUCCCGUCAUCUCAGUGUAAAAUGGAACAACAAACUUCGGUGAAAGUUCUCAGCGCCACUCCACAGCCAUUUAUCAUUCCGGCUUAUGUUUUAGAUGACUUAUGCAGUCGCUUCAUCAUCAACAUCCCUCAAGAAGAACGACUUAAUCCCAUCCGAAUAUUCUUCCAGAUAGAACUUGCUCACUGGUUCUAUUUAGAUUUCUAUUGUAUAGAGAAUCCAGAUUUGCAUACAUGUGGAAUCAAAGACUUUUCCUCACAAAUAUUUCGCCACUGCCCAUUUCUCAAUCAGUAUGCCGAAGAAGUGGACAAACGGUUUGAAGACUGGAAGCAGUAUAAGAUGAGCGUUCCCACUUACGGUGCCAUUAUUUUGGAUCCUGAGAUGAAGUUUGUAUUGCUUGUUCAAGGUUACUGGGCCAAAUCUAGCUGGGGUUUUCCAAAAGGCAAAAUUAAUGAAGAUGAAACAGAACAAGAAUGUGCAGUGAGAGAGGUAUUUGAAGAAACUGGCUUCAACAUUAGUAAGUUCAUCAAUUCUAAUGAUUAUUUCGAGAACCAAAUGAAUGACCAACUUACUCGACUUUAUAUCAUUGCUGGAGUGUCUUUGGACACUGAAUUUCAGACCAAAACACGCAAAGAAAUCAAAUGUAUGCAGUGGUUCCCAGUUGAUGCACUUCCUGCUCACAAAAAGGACCAAACGUGUCGGUCACAACUCAAUAUGAACUCCAAUAACUUCUUCACCAUCAUUCCAUUUAUCAAACAAUUGCGGAAAUGGAUCAUGAACAAAAAACAACAGAAUCUUGAUUUGAAGACUGGGAUCCUUGGACCAGUUCCAAAUGGUAACACUGUCGCAAAUGUAACGAUUCCAGUCACUGGCAACUGCCGCCAGUUGACAGAUAAGCAGAGGUUAAAGCAACAACAGCUCUACAACCAAAAGCUCUUCAAUGACUUUCAGGAAUACCAGAAAAUGAGAGAUGGAAAAAUAAAUACUGGCCAAAAUUCAGCCACUAAUAGUGGUGGCAGUAAGCUGAUGCCUGGCAAUGGAGACCACAGCCACUUGGCCACAGAAAUGGUCAACCCUAAAUACCAAAGGAAACCGAUUCAACAAACAGCCUCACCAAAACAACAUUAUAAGAAAAUACUUACUCGAGACAAAGAUGAAGGGUACAGCUUGUCAGAGAUCACAUUAACAAAAGCUCAUUCUUGGACCAAUUUCAAACUAAAUUUUGAUGCUUUAUGGACAUGAAAUUUGCUGCUCUUAAAGACUUUCUUUUAGUUAGCUCUGGUUUAAAAAAUGGAAGGGAUGAAAAAGAAUGAUUAUAUAUAUACAAGUAAAGAAAUGAAACAUCUGAGAAGUUUGCCUGCAACAUCACAAUUGUAACAGUGCUGGCAUUUAGAAUGGCAAGAAUUCUUUGGAAUUGGAAUUAGGAAGAAAAGAAAACAAGACAGGUUUGCUGGAAAAGGUUACCAUAUUAUGUCACUCAUUUGUAAUAAGAUUGGCUGUGUUCAUCCAGUUAAAAUUUAAUUUUUCUGAUUGAAUAGAAUUCAAGAGAGAACACUGUAUUGAGAGUUCUGCAGUCUGGCCGCUGUGUAUUGGAGGUUUUGAUUUGGAAACAUUUUACCAGCAUCAUGUGUUUUUGUCGUCAAAAUAAGUUCCAUCCAGCCAACAAUUUUAAAGUCUCUUCAUAAAUUUUAUUAAUUUAAACAAGAAACAA